AUGAUUCGCUGUACAGUGUUCGCAUUUUACCUAAUCGCAACUAAAUUUACAUACGGAUUCAACGGAGACAGCUUUGAACUGGAAUGUCCUGACGAAUGUGACUGUCAUUAUUUCCGAAUAAAUUGGGUGACUGAUUGUUCGGAGAGUAACCUGACAGAGGUCCCGUACGAUGAGCUGAGUCUGAGCGUGUAUAUUUUGGACUUGAAUGGAAAUAAUAUUACGACUCUGAAGCCCUUUCCGACGGACAUCAAGAUGAGGAGACUACAGAUAGCUGAUAAUCGUCUAACAAGGGUGGAGAAAGAAGCCUUCAAAGGUUUGGAGUACCUGAUAGAUAUUGAUUUAUCUGGUAAUAAUAUUAGCUACGUCGAUCCAGAAGCUUUCUUAGACAGUCGAGGGCUUCUCAACGUAGAACUACAAGAUAAUCCGGUAACCAAGGUGGAGGGGCCUUUUCUAAUAUCUCCUACGCUGCAAUACCUAGAUAUCAGCUCGUGCAACUUAUCUACAAUCAACACACAGUUUUUCGACAACAUAACCACACUUACCACCCUUGAUCUUUCCAACAAUCCACUAAAGAUUCUGGAAGCAGGGAUCUUUGAUGUUCUAACCAGCCUCGAAACCCUCAAACUGAAUGACUGCAAGCUUACUGCCAUAUCCGACCACACAUUCUCGACCGCAGUAAACAUAAAGUUUCUAGAACUGGCUAGCAAUUAUUUGACGAAUACAGAUUGGCCUGAAGUACUCGGGAAAAUGGUUCGACUUGAAUAUUUGACCUUGAGAAAAUCUGGUCUUACGUCUCUUUCGGAAGACACGUUCUCUAAUUGCACUAAUUUGGUCACGCUCAUUUUGGCAGACAACGAAUUACGUGAUUUGGACGUUGCAACCAUGUUGGGCAAUAGCGUCACCCAUCUCGAGCUGCUAGAUCUGUCUCAAUGUAAUAUUCAGAAUCCAAUAUCCGGUGAAACGUUCUCGAAUGCGAGUAGAUUAAAAAGCCUUUAUCUUUCCGGAAAUCCUUUAGUUGCAACCGAUUUGCAGGAAGCACUAGAGCCAUUAACUAAACUUGAAAGACUAUUUUUGAGUGACUGUGGACUCCACGAUCUGCCUGACAACUUUAACGUGUUUGACAAUCUCUUAGAGUUAGACAUUUCACACAACCCCUUAGAAAACGUAUUUACUAAGUUGCUGGCGCCUCUGGAAAAGUUAGAGUAUCUGAAUAUGGGAUACAGUAAUCUGUCAUAUAUUGGCCCAGAUACUUUUGCUAAAAUGACGUCAAUGAAGAGGUUAGUACUGUCUGGUAACGACCUACUGUCCCUAGAGGCAGGGCUCUUCGGAAAUCUGACUCAAUUAACUACAUUAGAAUUAGAAUUCUGUGGCUUAAAAAGACCGUUGAACGGUUUGGCGUUCUUUAAAAAUUUGACUUAUAUGGAUUUACGAGAAAUCAAGCUUGGAGGUAAUCCUUUAGUGAUUCCGCCAGCGGGGCCCAUCUUUCCAAAAAAACUGUCACAAGUGACGAUCCUUGACCUCAGCAAUUGCAACAUAACUUCAUUAAACGCAGAGGCUUUCCAGAAUACCGAAAAUAUCACUGAACUAAAUCUAAGUGGGAAUCGCUUAAGGUCUGCGGAACGAAGUCUGUCAUUCUUAGAAAGGUUACACCACUUAGAAAAAAUAAAUUUAAGCAAUAAUAAUCUCACGACCAUAGAUCCUGAUGUGUUCGCUAAUAAUCCUAAACUGCAUUCGCUCAAUUUGCUGGGUAAUCGUUUUAUAUGCGAUUGCAAAAUCGCAGAAAUGUGGGACUGGGCGAAUAUGAUCAAAGGAGAUCUUGAUGUAUUGAUCGGUGCUAAAAGUGCUGAAAAGGACAUAGUAGUUAAAGGCAACAAGAAAAAGAAACACUUAUUCUGCCACUACAAUGAAACACAACUCCGUAAUAUGACUUCAAUGGUGAAUAAGACAGUCCCAGGUAGAAGGCCUUUUACAAAGCCAAGAGAAGUAACAAUGGCCAAUAGAACAUGGGCAAAAUACGUUCGGGAGUCGGGCUGCGAACCGGUUGUUAAAAUUCUACGACCUGUAGCGUUGGUGGCUCAGGUGUUUGAUUUCCAGAAGGGCCAUAGUGUUUCAUGCGGAGUGAUGAUUGUAGCUACUAUAGCAGUGUCUUUAGGAUUAGCUACAGUAUUGAUGACGAUUAAAUUGUUCUUUAGGAAAGACACGAACAGAAAGGUUAGAUAG